AUGAAGCCUGGUAUUAGAGGCAGGGAGAAAAUUGCUGAGGCUGCAGCAUAUUGUUCUCUUGCUUCUGCAGGAAACUUGCAGCGGCCUGCCACCGUCCGCAAUCUCCAGAAGCACAAAACCCUCGGAAAGCGCAAGCGCCUCGCCUCCAACUCACAGGUCUGCGAGUCCAUGUCGGAGCUGCUGGGAAAAGCGAUCACUCCGGCUGUCCUGAGGGACGCCAUGCGGGGGGACACGUUCCGGAAGCUUCGGCAGGAGGCGGGUCAGGCGGCACUGGACGAAGUGGGGGCCAAGCUUACGAGGGCGCUCGCGCUGGCGGGGCUUGAGUUGGGCGAUGGCAACCUGAAGAUGUACAGGGCGCUGUACAACUCUGUCAAGGGAGCCACAUGUGACGCCGGGUACAAGGCGUCCCAUCUGCCGAACCCCCAUCAAGUGAAUCUUGAAAGACAGGAUCUCAUCUCCAAGGUUCCCACACUGCUGGGGGAAGUGGACUCCUUCACUGCACAUCGUCUUGUCUAUGACAAGGAGAAGAAGCAGACGGUGCGCCAGGAUACGAAGGAGAACGUUUGGAUCAGGACCAAUCAGGCCUUGUCCACUCUCGUCCGUUUUUACGGGAUCACGCCUGAAAGCUUGAAGGACAAGAAAUUGCAGCCCUGCUUGAAAGUGGACGAGUGCAAGUGGGUGUCCGAGAAGAACCUGGAGCGUUUCACGCUUACCAUGCUGAACGGGGGCUUGGACGAGGACAUGCAGGCAUGGUGGUCUGUGCAGUCCGAGAAGGACAUCUGGACCCUGGGGGCCUACGAGGUGGACAAGGAGAACCACGACACGCUGAAGUGGAACAUGUCCUUCUCGGACUUGUCCACGACGAUCGAGCGCCACAACAGCGGAAGGAAGCUCGUGGUGGAGGGCGUCGGUGAGUUCGAAGUGGAGUGGCACCUCGCGGGGGACCUGAAAACACUAAAAGCGCUGUACGGUACGAGCUCGGGCGCGAACGCGAAGUUCGCGUGCAUCUACUGCCUCCAGCAGCGGAAGAACGGGUCUUGGGGGAGAGCGUGUGCGUGUCCCCAAGGCGAACCGCCGGAUCGAGACAGUCAGGAGAACGUGGCGAAGCAAGGGGGCGUAGGGGGGGGCGAAUGGGAUCCGAUUCUGCCGAUCCCGCUCACGCGGGUCCACAUGUGCACAAUGCACGCCGAGAACCGGAUCAUCGAGAAGCUCGUCCACCUCCCUGUGUCGCAUGUCUGGAACGCGAGCGGGGAUUCGCCCGGGCGCGGGGGCCGCGUUUGA